AUGUCCCAAUCAUUAUCGCCACAAUAUUAUGAGACUUUAGAAUUCAUCAAAGAUAAUUUUCAUGAUGGUAGAAGAACCUUAGAAGAAGCAAAGCAUUACAUGAAUGACAGGCCCAUACCAGUUUCUAAUAAUCAUAUCGUGAAUGAGGUCAAAUUGGAUGAAAGAUAUAGAAUCAAAAGUAAGGAAUAUUUAGAGGUUGGGUUGAAAAUGUAUGAGGACGUUGUGGAUGAGAAUUGGAAAGAUUUUGAUGAUGGCGGGUUAUGCGGAGAGUGGAUUAAAGUUAAGGAUGAUAAGAACGAGGGUGAUGGAAAUGAUCUCGGAAAAAUUAAGGUCACAGGAAGGGUCGCACUUCACUUGUUUGGAGGGGGAUAUUUUUCGGGAUCCAGCAAAAUAUCUCGCCGUGGUACUUUCUCGAUCGCUAAGCAUGCUGAUUGUCAAGUUUUUUCAAUUGAUUAUCGUCUUACUCCAAAAUAUCAAUUUCCUGCGCAACUUUGCGACGCUUUAGCAGCGUACUUUUACCUUAUCAACCCUGGCCCGGAAGCUGGAUUUGAGCCAAUUGAUCCAAAACGUAUUGUGUUUUAUGGAAUUAGUUCUGGUGGUGGAUUGGCUGUUGGUACCGCGCUGUUUCUUCGUGAUUCUGGUUUACCAUUGCCAUCCGGAAUUGUUUUAUUUUCACCAUGGGUGGAUUUAACAAGUAGCAUGCCAUCAUACAGGGAACCUGGAAUGGAUAAAUCUGAUAUGGUACCUGGCAAGUUAUUCUUUCCUCCUCUUGGCCCCCCAGGCCCCAUGUCAAUUGAAUAUCUUGAACGCGCAAAAAUACUAUCAGAAAAGAUUAAGCAAAAGAAGCCAAAAGUGGUUGGACACCCUUCUUUUACCAAUCUUCCAAGGAUUAAGUUCUACUGCGCAAAUGAAGCCUUGGCCAUUCCUUAUGUCAGUCCAAUGUUGGCUGAAAGUUUAGGAAAUUUACCACCUAUUUUUUGUCAAGCAGGUGGUGGAGAAAGAUUUCGGGAUUCAAUAGUUCUAUUUUGUUUUAAAGCUUCCGAUCCAAGCAAGUACCAAGUACCCGAAUACGCUAUGGAGAAUUUUUCCAAAUCUCCAUUCAAGAAGCCCACAAAAGUGACACUCGAAGUCUAUGACGACGCUUGCCACUGCUUUCACAUGAUUCCAACUGAAAAGAUUGUCAAGUUUGCGUUAAAUAGAGCAAAUGAUUUCAUCAAGCUUCAUGCAUGUUCCGAUGAAAGAAUUCCUAACUCAGAAAAUAACACUGAAGAUGGGAAAACCCUUAAUGCAGUCGCGAUUAACCCUAACUGUGAAGUUAGGGAGUUGGAUGCGAAAUAUAUGGAAUGCCUAAAGUUUGAGAAUAUUGGAGUUAUACCAGACGUGAAAGAAACAGAUUAUCUUUGA